AUUACCGCGCGCCGUUGGUAACCACGCAGCUCCCCGAGGGCGUCUCCGUCAGCAAGAUCAUCUUCCCAGCAGUGGGCAUCUGUUCCAACAACAGGAUUAGCAAACGUGCUGUCACUCAACUGGCUCAAGAUUUGUUGAAAGAAGAACGCAACAAGAGAUACAAUGAGAGUGAGAUGUUAGAUAUAUUGUUCGGGUUGGGGCAGCUGUACAACAGUAUGCACCCGACAGACGAUGAAGACCUGCCACUCAAGCUGCAUCAGGUACUAGGCACAUACGACGUCAAUGAACUUAUAAAAAAGCUGACACCGCGUUGCGAGGAACUUCUAUUGAAAUGCUCUUGGAAUGAAGACACGAAAAACUGUACUGAGUUAUUUGACUUCCGACUCACUAUGAACGGUUAUUGCUGCACAUUCAACUACCUCCGGCAAUCUGAUUCCUUCGAAGAGAAUACCGAUUCUCGAAGCAUUGAUAUGUACAACUAUGGUAACCAGUCCACCUUCGAUUUUGAUCAAGGGUUGAAAGUUUUAAUUAAACUCGACGAAACUGAUGAUUUCUUCUACAACAUACCUCUACAAGGAGCACAGUUGCAAUUCUCAGACGCCUAUGAUUUUCCUGACGCGCCUAGCGGAAGUUUUGCAAUGCAAAUCAUCAGUCCAAAUGUGCAAAUGACAGUAAUGGUGACCGCCAGUUUCACCACAGCCUCACGUGACAUCCAGCACGUGUCGGUGAAACUUCGAGCGUGUUUGUUCCACGACGAAUCCUCUUAUCUACCGUUCUACACCUCAAGUGACUGCAUGCUCAAGUGUCGGAUGCUGUUCCUGCUUGCCAAUUGUAACUGCACGCCCUUCAAUAUGCCCAAAAUGAAUGAUAUAAGAACUUGUGACAUGCGGGAUGUGGGAUGCCUUAGAAAAUAUUAUGCCCAAUCAAUCAGCGUUCGUCCAAUGGUGGAGCCGAUCCCAAAAGAACUCGAGAUGGACAUGGUGGGCGGCGGCAUCCCCUGUCCCAUGUGCUACCCCACUUGCUCCAAGACUGCCUACAACUAUGACUUCAUGAACGUCAACAUCUUUCCUGAUCAGCUGAACACCGUCUCCGACAGCGAUAGGAUGGAGUGGCUGCGCGGCGCGAAUUUCACCGGAACCUCCAUUGUCCAUGUGAAGUACGCGCGAGCGAAUGCUGACUGCUACGGGCAAAAUGUUAUCAUGAAAUGGUUCGAUUUGAUUAGCAAUAUUGGCUCAACGUGCGGCUUCGUGACGGGUUUCAGCUUCGUAUCGGUGCUAGAGUUCAUCUAUUUCUUCACUGUGAAGUUGAUAAGAGAGAUGCGUGCGCGCAAGGAGAAGCCGCGCCGCGCCGCCGCCGUCGCUAUAGAACAUACCACACCAGCGCACUUCCAGCCAAUCAGGAGAUAUCGACCAAUAUAUUGGAACGAGUUGGCUAGCUCGACUCGCGGGCAGAAUACGCCUUUACAGUGAAUUGUUAAAGUAGCGGUUUUAUAAACCUUCCGCUGCUGGGUAAAGAUAUUUUUCAACCGGAAGGGAUAGUUUGCAAACUUUAUCAAGCUGUAUUCGAAAGGAUAGGGUGAUCUAUAACUACCUACUUAGUUUGGUGUUUCCAAUUGAAGUAGCCGCUAAACCUAAUUAGAAUACCAUUAGGUUUUCUUUUAGGUAGGUACCUACUGGCCUUAGCAAAAUGUGUUGAAAUAUGAUUCCUACCACAAAUCAAUGCCGGCUCACCUGUCGAGAUCUCACGUAGAUUAGCAUCAGUCGCAUUACCUUUUGUAUUAAAUUCAUUAUUUAUUCAUAAAUCUGGUGUAUUGA